AUGAUUCUUUUGGUUAUCUGUUUAUUUCUUCGAAUUUUUCUAUGGAAUUGGGAAUCGCCACCCAUUUGGGCAUUUCAAACAAUUAUCCCAUUUAUUUCUGUCUUCAUGGUGUAUUCGUGGAGUGCAGUUAAUCCCUGCAUUUGUUUUAUCUUUAGCAAGGACUAUCGCAACGGCUUUAGGCAAUGUUUUCGUUGAGGUCUCAGUCGAAGGUUAUCAAGUUUGCAAGAGAACUAUUGAAUGCGAAUGAUGACGAGCUCCUACAGAGACAGCUCUCUUCAGAUCCAUUCAAGUAGCGUACACAUUAUCUCGUACAUUAGAAAAGCUUGAGCUCGCUGUUUACUAAAAUCCUAACUCAGAAAAGCAUUAGUAAUUUUAUUGGGUAUGCACCUCGAACCCUUAACGUUUGACUCAGACAGUUUGCAACGUUAUGUGGUAACUGAUAAUUAAAGCGAUGACGAUGUCCAACUGGUAGAAUAUCGUAAACUAUGCAAGUCGAACUUAGAAGUUUGACACAGAUGUCUAGCAAUGUUAAGUUGAUUUUGAGAGUAACACCGAGGAUGGACAAUAGUCUCGUGUCACGAUGAAUCUGUUUUCUAAGUCAGAUGUUCGAUUCAAUCGUGCAGAUCUUAACGGCAGAGAUACGAUUAAGCCACUUAUUUUACUCUUGCUAUGAGGGAUGAUUAUUAUUUGCAUAUCAUAAUACCGAGAAUUUGACUUUCUUUUAACUGAACGUUUUAGCUUACUCUCAUAAAAAUCAAUUUUUCAAAAAAUAGCGCGCGGGCAAGUCCUAUCUAAUUCUUUAGGAGUUACCAUGGUAUAACGGCGUGCAGUUACACUUCGGCGGAAAGUUCCCGUUGAGUUUAGCUGCAAGGUUUCAAGACUUUCAAGCUUAAUUUGGCUGCGCCUCGAGCUACUCCUUCGCUUCCCUCUUGCUCUCCAAACUUCCCGUGUGCAUCUACAACUCGAUAUACGCACGCUAAGCAUGGACCAAUUCUUUAUUUCCUCGCAGCGCUUAAUUGCAGUCUCUCUGGCCUCUCUGGCUAACGCCAGUUGAUGUCAGAAGUAGACAUCUUCGAUUCAGUCUGGCGAUUAUGAGGAUACUUUUUACCAUAUUGUUCUCAUACAUAUAUUUUGUUUUGGCCUCUAACUUGUCCAAUUUGUCCUCGUUUCCUCAGUCUUAUCUAAUCCCUGAGGAGCCACCAUGGUGUAAUCCUUACUUAAAAACGGCCGUGUAUCAGCGACAUGAAGUGCGCAGUUACACUUUGACUGAAAGUUCCUGUUAAAUUUAGCAGCGGGUUCUCAAAACUUUCAAGCUUAUUUCGGCUGUGCCUCGAGCAACUCUUUCGCUUCUCUCAUGCCCUCCAAACUUUCUACGUGCAGCCACAACUCGAAAUAUGCACGCUAAGCAUGGACCGAUUCUUUAUUUCCUCAUGGCGCUUAAUUCCUGGCCUUCUGUCUACUGUCAGCUGAUAUCAGAAGUAGACAAUUUCGAUGCAGUCUGACUUUAUGAGGAUUCUCUUUUUCUCAUUAUUCUUACAUAUACGUUUUUUUGCCUUCAACUCAGUUGUCCAACUUGUCCAAUUUGAACUCUUUUCCCGAAACUGAAUUGUGAGCUCCCAAAUUUUUUCCCCUAUUUUUGUCUAUUUUAUUUUCAUAUUUCCUCUUUUAUUGUAAAACCAACUAUCAUCUUGUUAUACAUAGAGGCGAAACUGUGGCUGUUCUUGUUUAUUAUUCAAACGACAAGAGGACACCUUGAUCAACUAGCGUGGUAAAAUGUACUCAAAUUUCGUGUGGGUCCAUAACACGUGUGAUCAACUGUCAGUUGUCUAAUAACUGGUAAAACCGCGGGGGGAAAUAAAAGUAAAUAACACGUCAUGUUUGCCAAAUUUAUGUUUAUUUGGCUUUUAAACUUCAUCGGAAUUUUCAGAUUCUAAUUACUGAUAAGUUUUUUUUCAUAGGAAACGCAAUCCACUUUAUUCUACGAAUGCAAAGGAGUUCCGAUACCCCAUUUUCAAGUUUUUCUUUGUUUCUUUCUUUUGUUUGCUGUCUCUUUUUGCUUUAAACCGUAAGACUUCUUCGUUCCCUAGUUUUCAUGCUCACUUUAUAUUUCCCUUUCUAUGAUCUACAACUUCUCAUUUUAGUCAAGAGCACAAUUUCAAGUAACCGGUUGGCCCUAGCGACGUAUUAUCUCUAUGAUUAUGAGCGUUUGUAGCUGGACCAAAAAUAUAUUUAUUAUCGAUCGGAGUUCUUGUCUGAUUCUUACUUUGAAUGCAUUAAUAAAUAUAUGGACGAUGAUGUGUUGCAUUUAUCAUCAUGCUUUUUAGUCCUUUUUAUCUCGCCCCUGCCAAUUUUUUUGGAAUACGAAAGACGUAAAUUUAGAGGAUAUAUUAGUUCGUGUUUUAAAUAAAACAUAUUGCGGCUUUAUUACGACCUUUAAUAGUAAAAACUACUGAGAUUAAAACAUGACGUUUCGGCGACGACAUGUCACCAUUAUUAAAUGUGAAAUUAUUGCAAGUUCAGUGACGUUAAAUAAAGAAAGGAAAGUGUAAAACUAAAUAAAAAUAAAAAUGAGAUGGAGUCGGUCUCUUUUAUUGCGGCUAUAUCACAACUACAAGAGCACUGUAAACUGGGCAAAAACACCCUUCUGCAUUAUUAUGCGUUUACCAAUGCCAGCUAUAUCUAGUGUUAUAUAAACCAGAUGCUCGAUAAUGUAAAAACAAACAAACAGCCUGCGCAUAGCGACCCUAUUAAAUAAUGCCAAACUUUGGAGCUGUUUUUCCGUUCCACCAUUGAGCUGUCUAUUCUCUCCGUGGUUUCGGCAUCAAAGAGUCACUUGUCCGUUAACUGAAUAUCUUUCCUCUGUAGAUUACAUUGAGGUGAAAAAUAUACGAUUGUAAAAGAUAAGCAAGACAAAAUGACACUGAUAUUGUUUUCAGUAAAUUUCUGGUAUUGAUUUAGAGCUGACGAAGUUUUUGAAAAGCUGUUGUUUUCAAGUUUACUGCUGAUAACCUGCCAUGCUUCUUAAUUAACAUUUAGAGAUCAGUCGUCGCCAACAGAGUUUAAAAGGGGAAUUAAAGAAAAACGAGUGUUAAUUAACUACCAUGGAGGGGGAGGGGGGAUCGUAAGAAUAUUACAGAGCCUUGUCCCUCCCCCCUUAAAUCGAUGAAAGGACAGAUCCCCGUUCCAAUUUCGCAUGGAUAUAUGUCAUUUAAGAUUUCUCAUAAUUGUGCUGGAUACUGAUAGGCAAGAACAUUUUGCAAUAACCUGUGGGUUAAGUGGAGAUCAAAAUGUUACAAAUCAAACAGUGAAUACCGAGGGCGCUAUAAUUAGACAUAAUUUUUAGGUUCUGCAAUUGCUAUCAAAAAAUGGGGUAGCUAUAACACGAGUAAUUUCAAAUCCUCCAGUAACAACUGGGCGAUUAGAUGAAUCUCUCAAAACUCUUAGAUCUGCCCACGAAAACGGACAAUGAAUUCCAUUGCAUUGUUCUUCUGUUUAUAGAGGUUAUUUGAGACAUUCUUAAAAGUGAUUCUUGACGAAAUUUCCCUUUGCUAGUUGAAAACCAGCCAUGACUUUGUGAAUUUCUCGCACACUCGCCCGACUGAAAAAAAUUCAGGUCAUUAACAUCCCAUCAUCCUAUGGGUUCUUCGCCAAUAACAAGGAAUUGGAAAUGUAUCAAAAUGAUAAUCAGAAAUAUAGUGUCACACAGUAUCUUAUUAUGUUAAAAUAACAAUUAAUUGACUACUUAAACUGCCCUUGAGUUUAACAGUCAUUGCAUUACCUUCUUUAUCUUGUGUCGUUACAUCAUAAUGACGUGUCUCAGCUUGAAGUCUGCGUCUGUUUGUGUUGUACGAUCACUUGUUUUCUUCGAGCUCUCCUCUUAAUUAUAUAAUUGUUUCGCACUGGUUCGUUUUGUCGUUGGAUUCAUAAAUAACUUCUAUGUACUAACUAGGAUCAAGGCCACGAAAUGAAUUCCCAAAGUAAAAAAAAAUAAAACAAAGCAAUGCGUGUGACUUGUAAUGGUCUUGAGUUUUACGAGUUCCUAAGCGAAGAAUUCUCGACUUGAGGAAUAUCAAAACAAUAGUGAAUACCACCCGAGAAAAACAAGGUCUCCUUGACAACUUGUAUUUCAAUAGUCUUCAAUCAGUUUUUCCAUAUGCUUCCCUUUCAUCUGCUUUUGUGUUAUUUGAAUGGUAAGUCGAUAUUGCUAUGUCCUGGGACGACAAUUCCAGCUUUAGCCUCCUGCCAGUUCCAACUAUCACAAAUUAGCGAAAGAACCGUCAUUAACUGUAAAAAAAAAAUUGGCCAAUGCAAGUCGCUCUUUUAACGGGGUAGUUCACUUUUAAUAUCAAUAUUGAUUACCUUGUCAUGUUCACCCACAUAUUUAACCGCAUGAACCACAAGGACAUUUCUUCAUAUCGCGAUAUUUCUGUUCUCAUCGCCUUAUGGUUUUCGUAUUGCGAGAUCAUAAGAUUUCAUUUAUUGCGUAGAUCUCAUAUUGAGGGGCUAGGCUACAAUUUAUUCACUUAUCCUACUUGCUUUUGGUAUGGAUGAUCUAAGAAUCAUUUGCAUAUUUAAAAAAAUUUAAGCGUAGGCAUAUCAUUAUAGCGAGUUUAAAUGCAAAACUCCUCCUAAUGAAUAAAGUGAUAAAACCCAUAUUCAAGCAGCACAUGGUAUGACUGAACCAUUUGGCUCGUUUUUUUACUGACCUUCCCAUUGCGUUUAAAUAAAAAAAAAUUGAGUUAAGUUGAAUUAUUCCAUAAAGUUCGCGAAAGAAAAUCUGUUUUUUUUCAUUAAUAUCAAUAUCAGUUGAUAUAUAUCAGCAGAUGAUAGCUUCGAUUCAGUCUGACAGUUAAGGUGACACUCUCUACCCCAUUCGUCACCGUUAUAUUUUUUCCCACUCUCAACUAGUCUCACAUGCCUCAUUUGAUACUCAAAUUUCAGGUCCAUAUCACGCCUGCACAACUAUUAAUGCACAGGUGAUCAUAGGCUUCAACGAGAGAAAGCAAGGUAAAUACCGCAUGAAUUUUGCCAUGUCGCUCAAUAUUUUUUACAUUUCUCGGCUACUAAUCAUUGACCAGUUCACAUGACGUGUACAGCACCUGAGGCUACGAAUGCAAAGAGGGUCCCUGGUGCCCCUUUUUUCUUUCUCUCUUUCUUUUCUUUGUUUACUCUUCUUUUUUUUUUCGCUAUUUAUUCAAAGGCUUCUUCCUUCCCUGUUUCUUUACUGAGACUUCAUAUUUCUAUUUCCCGUCAUCUACAAUUUUUUUACUCUAGUCAAGAGCAUGUUGUUGGAUCACAAUCCCCACAGACGCCUCUUCUCUAUGAUAAUGAGCGUUUGUAACAGGACAAAAUAAGAAUUCGGAUUCUAUGAGCUGAUUUUUGUUUGGAUUGGUAAGUAAAUGUGUAAGCGAUGACACGUUGUAUUAGUCAUCAUACCAUUCGAAAGUAUUAUUCACUCUCAUCGAGGAUCAAUUCAUUUACGAGGUUUUACCUCUGUUCAGUAAGUAGAUGGCAAGGAAAGUAAUUGUAAGUAAACUCAAUUUUUUUAUUUUGAAGUUGUGAGAGUUUGCUCGUUUGUUUGCUGCAAUGACGUGUGUAAAUCUGCUCUUUUCUCCACAAAAACUAAAUUCGAAUAAGACACUUCAACUAAACACAGGGGGGUUUAAUGCGGUUCGUUCUCCGUUUCCUUCAGUUUCUGUCGUUAACGGUAAAAAUGUCCAAAUUUAAAGGACUUGGAAAGACUCACCGAAAGCGUAUUUGUAGUAGAACUGAAAACUUCGCUCGCCCUUUCACUACGAGCAAAUUGUUUGAGGGAAUUCAGAUAUUAAAUGAAUGAAAGUAUCAAAAUACCUCUCGUUUUAACCUUUUAGGUACUUUUUGUGAAGGAUUAAAAUUAAUUCCAGACGGUUUUUAGGCCGCUUUUCAACCAAUUUAAUGACACUUUUGUUCAUGCAAAUUCAUUUCGAAACCAAUAUUUUUCUGUCCACCAAAGGGAUUUGAGAGGAAGAAAAGAGAUGAUUAAUGAGUUAUUUAUUAGCUUGAGGUAGUGACCGAAGUCUUUGCUUAAAAAAACUUCCCAGUCGGAAAAACGAGAUAUAUUUAUGAAAAAUGGGAACGGAGGUAGGAUGUGCUCAGCGACUCACGAAAGCGUUACCAUGCCUGUGGGCAGAGAUGAGAUAACACGGACCGCGCCAAGAACAAAUCAGAUUGUAGGAUCUGUUACCGCGCUCUCUGACAAAAAAAAAACAAACAAACAAAAAGAAUCAUUCACCUUCACUGCGGUGAAUAAUUAUUAAAUAAACGUCUCCAUGAAACAAGAUAUUUGACAAACCGGCCUCGUAUAGCGAUCUCAGUGAAUUAUCACAGACUCUGCAAGCAAAAGUUUCUAUUCCACCAUUUAGCUAUCGAUUCUCUGCGAGGGUCUUUCCAUCACAAAGUCACUUGUUCGUGUAGAUUACGUAGCUGUGGAUUAGAUCUCAUUUUACACGAAGACCAAGGAGAGAGAGAUGAUACUGAUGUCGUUUUAAGAAAAUUUGCUUGUUUUGACAUUGAGCUCACAAAGUUUUUUCGCUGUUGUUUUCUAAUGCAAAACAAACACUCUUGCAUGCCUGAUAGUUAACUUUUUGAAUAACUAACCAAGAAUAAUAACUAUAGUAUGUAAAUUUAUCAGCUUAUCGUGGUCAAAAAGAAAAAGAAGUAGGUUGCAAAAUGUGACAAGUUUUACCAUCGCCAAAGUUAUGUUGGAGACCUUAAGCUGUCAGGACGGCAACGCCAAGACUUCGAUUGAAAAAUGAAUUUCCACCUUCAAUUAGAAUUUAAAAAAUGGCUGCAUGUGUAUACCGUCUCAUAAGGCGCCACACCUCAACUUCAGCAUAACGUAUAAAAGAAGUGUUGAGUUCCAAAUGGAAAUUAAAAUAAUUUGCCGUCGCGGUUACGGUUCGCAGACGACGCAAAUUGUGGUGAUAUCACGUUGUUGUUUUGCUUAGGACGGCAAAGAAAUGUACAAAGUUUUAAAUCGCACGUGCUGAGCUAUUGUUUUGCCAAUUAGAUCUUUUACUUUUCCAUGUCCGCGUUGUCGUCGCCGUCGUGGUUUGCUUAAGAUCCCUGCUUAGUUCUGUUUGGAAAAAACUGCAGAAUCAAACAAGCCGACCGACCAUAAUUGUUUUGUUUUUAGAUUCCCCGAAGGUCCGGUUUGUUUUUUGUUCAAGGGGAAGGCUUUGAGGCCUUUUCUUACCGAAUUCUCUUCUAGUGCAACUGUAAUACGCUAAGCAGAAUAUUUUUGAGGGUAUUUUUACAACCAAGAAUCAAAUUUAAAAUUUGAGGGAAAAAAAUUAAACAAAGCAAUAAGCAUAACUUGUGAUUACAAACUAUUCUGCUCCAAGCAAAAAAAAAAAAUUAAAAAACCGAUCUAAGGGAAAAAUUAAAAAGUAAGGACUAGAAUUAUUAAAAUAACCGCCUCCUUAAAUCGUUUCUCAUUUAAUUCGAUGGAAGUCAAUAUUGGUAUGUCGUGGGACGACAAUUUCGCCCUUAAACCCCUCCCAGUUCCAAAAUUAUCGCAAAUAAGUAAACGAACCGUCACAGUAACUAUUAAAACAAAUGGCCGUUGCAAGUCGCUUCUUUAGCGGGGUAGUUCAAUUUUAAUAUCAAUAUUUAUUACCUUGUCACUUUCACCCACGCUUAUUUGUAUUCAUCUAUUGAAAUUCAUUCAAGACAAAGCCUUUUCAGAUAAAUAGGACCCAUCCUUAAUUCUUUGGUCGAACAAAACACUGACUACAUCGAAGCUCAGCGUUGAGAUAUCUAACCUUUGGAUAGCUCACUCGCGAAUUGGCGAGUAUCAAGGGAGAUAAUGACUGUCAACAUAAGCGUGAGGCAUUCCUUUGAAAACAGCUCACAGACAACCAACCAUACAGACUCGAGUAAUUCCGACCAAGCUUGUGAAAUAACAGCCGACUCCGCUGUAGAGAUUACAGCGAAGGCUCUGGCUUAUAUAUUUAUUUUCCUGGUUUCGUUUUUCGGAAAUAUCUUUCUUCUUGUGGUCAUUUACAAGAACAAGCAGCUACGAAGAUCCAUCAACUACUUCGUUUUCAACAUGGCUGUAUCCGACCUCUUCAACCCUUUGACCGUCAUGACUGUGAAGAUCGUUGAGAUCAUUUCAGGAUCGAGUUCCUGGAAAGUUGAUCGUCCGUGGCUUCUGGGAAACAUUCUAUGCAAACUUGCCUACUUUCUCCCAGAUGUUUCUCUUGUGGUUUCCAUUGGAAGCCUUCUUUUGAUCUCAAUAGACAGGCUCAUCGCUGUCGUCUUUCCACUGAAGGCCAAGCUUAUCUCCUCAAAAGUACGAUUGAUAAGCAUUCUAAGCACGUGGUUUGUCGCCAUAGCCGUCCACGCACCGUAUUUUUACAGUUUCAAACUGAUCCCCUACGAAAAUGAAACGUAUUGUAAGUUGAAUUGGGGACCGGCAUUCGACCACAUGGAGACGCACAGAGGAUUUGUUGCAGCAACUUUUAUCACUUUCAUCCCCAUUCCCGUUUGUGUCUUAGCCGGUGUGUAUAGCAUUAUCGCAUGGAAAAUGAGAAAAAAGAACAAAAAAACUAGAGAGAAACUAUCCUGUCGCCAAAACCAUCGAGAUCAACAGCUGAAGAAAAUUGUCAGAUUGGGAAUGGCCAUUAUCAUUUCCUUCGUUUCCUGCAUGACCCCCCUGCUUAUCUAUUCAUUUCUUACAAUUUUUCUGUGGAAUUGGGAAUCACCACCCAUUUGUGCAUUUCAGACAGUUAUUCCAUUUAUUUCUGUCUUUCUGCUGCAUUCGUGGAGUGCGGUAAAUCCUUGCAUUUGUUUUAUUUUUAGCGAGAACUACCGAAACGGCCUCAGGCAAUGUUUUCACUGUAAUGGCCUCGGUCGCAGAAUACCAAGUUUGCAAGACAACUACCAAAUGCAAACGAUGACGAGCUCCUGCAGGGACAGCUCUCUUCAGAUCCGUUCAAGUAGCAUACAUAUUAUCUCCUAGAGCAGAAAAGCUUGAACACUAUCUAUCUAUCUAUCUAUCUAUAUAUAUAUAUAUAUACAGUUACAACCUGAUCCCCUACGAAAAUGAAACUUAUUAAGUUGAAUUGGGGACUGGCAUUCGACCACAUAGAGACGCACAGAGGAUUUGUUACGGCAACUUUAUAUAGGCAUGCAUACAUGCAUGUAUGUAUUUAAAUCCUUACUUAGAAAAUAGAUGGGAUAAUCAUUGGGUAUGCACGUUGAGAACACUAUGGAGUGUUUAAUUAAGAUCUAAGUGCCACAUACAUUUGUUCAUAUUGCAAUGUAUCUGUUUUCUCCGUCUGAUGGUUUCCUAUUACGAGAUCAUAAGUUUAUCGUGUCAAGAGCCCAUCACGUGAUGGGCUCCUGAUCGUGUAGAUCUUAUAUUAAGGGGCUGGACUACAAUUUAUUCACUUUUCCUACUUGCUUUUGGUAUGGAUGAUCUAAGAAUCAUUUGCAUGUUAAAAAAAAAUUAAGUGUAAGCAUAUUAUUAUAGCGAAUUUAAAUGCAAAACUUCUUCUAAUGAAUAAAGUGAUAAAAAUCCAUAUUUAAGCAGCAUAUGCAUAACUGAAUCUUUCGGCUUCUUUCGUUUUAACUGACCUACCUAUCGCGUUUUCAUUAAAAAAUAAGAAUAAUAAAACAAUUUCCUUAGACGUAUUCCAUAGCAUUCGCGAAAGAUAAUUCUUUUUCAUUAUAGGAUUUAAUUUUCUUCCCCCCUUCUUAUCGGCAGCUGAUAUUUUCGAUUCAGUCUGACAGUUUUUUUUUUGCACCAUUCGUCACUGUUAAGGUUACUUCCCACCUUCACGAGUGUCCGUGUCCUUCGGGGAAAAAAACCGUACGCGCGCUAGUUUCACAAACAUCCCAGCAAACUACAUAUCAGAAGAAAGCUUAAUAGAAGCAGAUUACGAUAAAAAUGCAAUUUAAGCGACUUUUUUUUUAAGGAAGUGCUGGGAGCCGGUAAGGCGUGAAACGACCGAAGGUUCUUUUAUUGAAUUUAUCGGGUAUCGGAUGCUGCAGCACGAGAAAAAUGGCCGCACACUCUCAUUCACAAGGCAUCAAUCAAAAAAAGUUUCUGAUUGGCUGUGUAGAUAUCUGCAUCUGAAGUUGAAGAAGCUAAUAAUAUGCGAGUCUUGCUGCGCAAAUGGACGCCACGGGACAAAUAUUUCGAACAUCAAAAUUUCCCGACAUUUCGUUUGUCAUUAUUCCUAGGAUAUUUUGGCAAAAUUUGAUUAAAAUCGGUCAGAUCUAUAAACCCUAUAAAUUCGCUCGAAGUGGUAGUAUUCCUCCCAAAAUCAAAUACGAGAUUUUUUUUUAGCUCAUAAAGGUUCGCAAACAACUCGCGCCACGCCAGGAGAUUAGGGACUUUAAGAUCUGAGACGCGAAGGCUUUAAGACGCGGCCGGAAGUAAAUUUUCAAAGAGGUGACAUAUUGCGCAUGCUCCCGCUGUCGUCCUGAUGGCAUCACGUCUCGUCGAGAACGUGGGUUUGGCAAUUUUGACGUUCUGUACAAAACGUGAGUAUAUUCGUUCCAGUGUUUGAAUUAAAUGAUGAUGUAUUCCUCUAAACAUGAAAAAUUAGCAAUCUAGGAUCAUUGCACGUAAUUUCUAAUUUUUUAGAUUUUUAGAUCUCUUUUAAAAUUUCUUUCAGGUGUACGAAGCUUAUAAAAUGGUAGCACCUUCGAGCAAGGCUUCCAAGUAAGUCACGAGCCACAACUGCAAAUAGUGAAUGCUGGAGUCUUCUGCAUACAUUCCUCGUCUCUUGUACCAUUGCAUUUCUCGAUUUAUUGCGUUCAUCUGCCGCUAAACUAGCACGUUUAAGCUUGAAUUAUUUAUUUUAAUUUUAUGAAACUUUGUGUGUUUUUAUACCUUCUUUUAGUUCAGUAAUGUUUUGGACAUAUGACCAUGAAGCCAUUCUGUGCAGAGAAGUCGUCAAUGUACAUCCCUACACAACUAAGAAAGGGUCCACACAAAGAAGCAGCAUGUGGGAAAAAAUAGCAGACACCUUGAACAAAUGCUCUGUGCCGAAAUUCAGAGUUGGGAAUUCUUGUUUACAAGCAUAAGAAGAAACUUCAAGCCGAGGAAAAAGCAACUGGUAUAACUCCCGAUGAGCCAACGGAAUUAGAAAACCUAUUGGAUACGAUCAUCGCGUUGGAGGAAAGUGGCGAAGCGGAAUUACAGGAAACACAGGGAACAAGUAGUAAAAAACUUCAAUACGACCGGGCUAAGGCAGAAGAUGUGAGACUUAAUGCGAUAGAGAAGCUGUCAGAUACGAAGAAAAGAGACUCAUCAGCAGAUGAAAGCAAUGAUAAACCGAAGCGUUUCGUAGAAUUGCAGACAAUUACAUUCUUUCUACUAAUACUUAAAUUCUUUUUAAAAUCUAGAAAUUUGAAAUAGUUGAUGAUGUCUGCGAAUAACCACUCUACAGAUUCACGUACUGCACUCAUUUUUUCCUUAAACAUUUCCAUUUGCCUGGUUAAAACCCCAAUUCGGAAAGGGGCUUGGAGGUGACCCUAAGUGGGUAGGCUGGGUAACCAUAUAAACACAUUUCUCUUCCAGCUGGACAGAAAGCAAAAUUUUCCAAAUCAUCAUACAGAUCAGAAACAGCCAACAUUCGUGCAUUGCGCAUCCUUCCUUCUGUCCAAAAAACUUUUCAUACGCCGAGUGAGGAAAAGGAAGAUUACUCGGCCUGUAUGCUUCGUAAAGCAGAACAAACUCUUCUUCGUCUAUGAUCUCUUCUAUUAGACACAAACAAAGCACUUGUUGGACUAUCUUAAAUAAUACCAUGGCUAUUUCUGCGAAAGAAUUGCCGAAGAAUCACACUGAUAAAGAGCGAUUCGCAGCCGCGUCGUCUUGCAUCGCGAUGGGGAUCUUAACUUUACUUUUCCCGCUCAAACGACGGCGUUCUGUUCCCAGUCCUUUAUCAGCCACCGCGUUCUAAAAGCCGUCGCGUCUCGGAUCUUAAAGUCCCUAUUAUCUCGCCUCCUGAAACCGCAAACCAAUAAGACAACGGGACUUACUGGCGUCAAUGACGAUGGAUCAAGAGUUCCCGGGAAAAAUCAUUGCAGACACGUUGAUUUAUUAUUAUUAUUAUUUCGAUCGCCCAGUGGAGCGUUGAGGAGCACGACACAAUAAUGAGCAAAGUUGCCAAAGGCAGAUGAAAAACCCGCGGCAAAAAUGGACGUGCCAUAAUUUUGCACAACAAUCUGUGUCCAAUCCCAGAGCUAGCAGCAGUCACCCAAGUACCCCAUCCUUUGGGUACACACCAUUGAUGUCAUCUGCUCCAAAAAAAGAUGAGCAGUCUCUCCUACAUCACAAGGACAAUCUGGUGUUUCACAGUUGUACCAAUUUUGAAAGGGUCUUGGCAUGCACUCUAAUAUUUUAAAGUUAUUUUGGAACUGCUUUGAAAAGAACCUUCUAUACUAUGGUCUUGAAGUGCCAAUAACUCAAAUAAUCUCUUUCCACCAGCAGAAAUCUCAAUAUUGCACUGAUAUGAUGGUUCAAGAAGUGUAGCAUUUUGUUUAAAUAUUGGUUUUUUCAAAGAAUUUGCAAAUUAAGUCUGUUUUUAUCUCAAACACAACCAAGCUGUGAGGGGCAUGGAUCUAUUCCUUGUUCAUGACAUCACAAACUGCUUUGCAGUGCAAAAAUUCUUUGAAAGCAGUCUGUGAUGUCAAACAGGAAUGGAGCCAUGCUUCUUGUGGUCCAAGUUGGUCGUUGUUGUUGUCUAUAAAAAUCCAGGUCUUAAGCAAAUUAAGACAAAACAGUGGAAUUUUGCUCAGAAAAAUACAACUAUUUAUUUGAGGGAAAAAUGGAGGAAACAGUUGGUGGUGGGGGUGGGGGUGUUAAAGGCACUUUGAAAACACAUCUGAUCAUGUCAGACCAGUAAGUUUUGUACCGUUAACUGUCAUAAUUGAUUGAAUGAGCUGAUAGCAAACUUAUAAGGUGUACCUGGAAAUUUUCCCGAAGUGGAUGCAAAUUAUGUACAGGUGCAGGCCAAACUAUUUAAUUUUUUGCAGCAGAGGUAUCAAUAAUAUUACCUGAGUUCCCAUGUAGUUUCUUUGCACUGAGAUACCACCAUAGGUAGUUUGGUAUGUUUUGAUUGUCAAGAUACGAUCCUCAAUAAUUCUCUGUUUAAUUUACUUUACUUUGGUUAUGAGUAGUCAAAACAAAAACUUGUGCAAUGGAAAACAAGUACUGCUGUCUCCUCAAGGCUACCCUUCACAUAAAUGAGCCUAAAUACAUCUCAUCUGGUGACAGUGUAGAUACCCUUUCAAAGUUGUUCCCUCGAAAACAUGAAAGGAACAGGAUAUCAUAAUGUGUAUUACUGAAAUGUACAUUAUGGUUUACAAAUCAUUCAAAUGUUGUGUUUCACUUUGAAUCUUUUCGUUCGUUUUUUUAUAACCCUUUGUUAAUUUGUUUGAAAUUAUAUUACAAAAGUUGGAAAACAAAGGAAAAUAAUAUGGUGAAAGAAUCAAUACAUUUCUUUAAUGAAGGAAAUAACAACUGAAUCACAGUAUUGUAAUUCUCAUCAUAACAGUGUUUAUCUCAUGGUACUGUAUGUAAUGUCUGAAAAAUAUACAGUGAUUCAAUGUAAUGUCAGAUAUUAAUAGUAUUCCUUGAUCCAAUGACUAUCAUUGCUUGCUUGAACAUGAACUCGAGACCUGUGCAUUUCUAACUUGCAUUUAAAAUGGGUCGCUUAAAGCAUUGAUGAGAAGUAAUGCAAUAAACGUAUUAGGAAUGUCAUGACAUUCAAUACCUUUGGUCAAAUUUGAUUCUUUUUUCUGUUAUGUGUACUGAAAAGAAAUGUAAUAGAGGAGUAGGCGAGUUUUACAUAUAAUGCCGAUUUGCAGGACUUGUACAUGUAAUGCCUAAGUUGAAAUUGAGACAGUUCCACAAAAUAUUCAUUUCUACCCCCGUGGAUUAAGAGCGUAGAACUCGCGUUCCGGCAUGAAGGCAAGUAGCAGGUUCUUGAAGUACACGCGUACGCUUAAGUUUAAGACUGUUGCUGGAAUUAGCGGGAGUUUGAGGUCUAACAAAAAACUUCACAGGGGCGUUGAAUAUUUUAUGGAACAACACACUGUUGCUUUUAUGAAGUUUACAUGAAAUGUGAAGUGAUUUAUUUGUUAUAAUCUAUGGAGAACUUUGAAAAUGACAUGAAUGACAAAAAAAUUGGUUUAAUCACGUCUACAUUUCCAGUUCGUUUGCUUCUUUUUCCUGCCACAUUUUCAAGGUCAGAGCCUCCCUUAUUGCUCCAGCUUUGCGAGAUGAAUCCUUUCUCUUAAGGCAGUUGCGCAUCGGCAACAGAUCUCGUAUUACUUCUCUGGACCUUUUCUUUUGUGUGAAAGGAUCAAUUGACAAAGCCAGUUGGACAGGAAGGCUGUCCUUUGUGGUAAUGCAGAUGUUGUGAAGUACAAUACACGCGAGCGCGGCCAGUUUCACCGAAUCUGGUCUACAUUCUAGCUUUCGAUACAAAACUCUCCACCUGCUCUUCAGUUGUCCAUAGGCUCGCUCAGUUACCAUUCUUGCGCGGCUUAGACGAUAGUUAAAAUAGCCCUCUUCAGAUGUAAGGUUAGCAUUACCAUAUGGUUUCAUUAACCACACUCUGAAUGGGAAAGCAGAAUCGCCCAAAAUCAUCGGGUAAACCUCAGUACCUUCAAUGACUUGAGAAAUGAUGGUAUGAUGUUGUUUUCAGUAAUGUUGUGCCACAAAUCAAUGGACUGGAAAAUGAUGGAAUCGUGUGAAUUUCCAACACUUGCCCAGAUGAAACGAUCCUGUGCAUCUUCAAUGGCCAUCAAUACUAUUGAAUAAAAGUUCUUAAAGUUAUGAUACUCUUUACAGGCUUUCAGACCGCCAGGAGGGCACUGAAUGGGGAUGUGGCACCCAUCUACAGCACCCCAGCAGCAGGGAAAUUGCCAAAACGCUGUCAUAUCCACCAUUUUCUCCAUAAUAUUCUGUUUGGUGAUUGGAAAAUGCGCUUGCACCGAAGGUUUCCACAGGUUUCUUAUGAUCGCUUCACAUACUUCCUCUAUGAUUUUGUAAACAGUCGUCACACCAAGGCCAAACAGUUCCGCAAUGGUGUAUAGGUAGUCACCUCUACCUAAUCUGUAAAGACAUAUAACCAGCCUACAUUCGGCAGAAACAAGCUGUUCUGUGUCAAAAUCUUUCUCAAUAUCAGGUCGAAGACUCUUCAAAAUUAAGUUCAACGUAUCCCUUGAUACACGAAAGGUUUUCUUAAAUCUUCCUUCAUCAUAGGACGCCCAGACCAAUUCCCACCAACCUGUGUUUUUAUGACUGCGACGACAACUGCGAGGUCUUCGAGCGCUGAUUUCAUCUUCACUUGACUGUAACAGGAAACACGUCAGCAAACAAAGUCGUACGAUAAACCUCUUCCUCAUUAACACCAAUGUAACCAUAUUACGCCGUAGUUGACGUCGCCGUUGUCUUUCCCUGGAAAUUUUCUCGAGCAAAAUUGUUUUCAGAGCUUUAGCCCGCGCCAUGUUUGUUUCAAAAUGACACUUCUGACCAGAGACACUGCAUUUGGGAAGAGAAUUAAAUUCGACCGUAUUGAUUUCGACGCAUAAAACCACGCCACGAUUUAUGUCGACGAAACGACGAAUUUAAUGGAAUUAAAUUCGUCUGAAUUAAAUUCGACUGUAGCGCGACGUAUAAACUAGGCCUAAGUCAACCUCCGAAAUACCAAUAGAUGGGUUUUUUUUCCUCUUUGCAUGACAUAUAGAAAAACCUUUUAGGAAUUACUGCAUUCAGAAAACUAAAAUGUCCAGAUACAUCGAUGAUUCCUUUGCCGGCUGAAGUCAAAGUAUGGUUACAGUGGUCAAUUUGAUUGACAAGCUACAUACUGAUUUAGCUAACUGAUCUGUUUUAUUAGCGUCUCAUCUUACAUGCUAACAUGGAGAUUUGCUAUUUAGCUAAAUCGUUCGCUGGUGGAACUUGUGGGUUUAGUUAUCGAGAAGACCAAGUCGUUCCCUUGCGUGAUUGUUAAAAAGACAUUUCAUGUCACUUGCGGAGUUGCAAGUUUUCAGAUCCAGAAAAUGAAGUUGAUCUUGUUUUGUCGCGUGCCGCCAUCUUCGAGACGCCAUAAGAUGUCGAUGAUUUUACAAAUUACCCCACUCACUGAUCAAAUCUCGGUGUUGGGUGGAAUCGUGGUUACAAUAGCAGAUGUAGGGUGCCAAACGAAAUUUCCGGCCAUGGUAAAGGUAGGGUUAAGUCGAUUCCAAAAGCUGAUGGGGGAAUUAGCAAGCUUGUAUCACAGAUAGUACUCAAGAUGUCUGGAAAAUUCAUACAAUCUGGCUUCGGUAAGUAGGCUACUUACCACCGUGAGCAAAAUUACGCGUGACGUCAGAGUUAAGUUUCGAUUGGGAAUUGGUCAAUAGGCUAACAAAAAUUCAGUCAGAGGCGGAGUUUUCUGAAGUAGUGUCUGAACACUUUGUUGGCUCUCCGCCGUCUGGGGGAACGCGUAGUUAUGCACACGGUGGUAAAGGGCCUUUCCGCACUAGCGACUAGACGCUGACAAAACAUGUUUCUCUUCGCCAAAAUCACAUCAGAAUUUGUCCUUGCUAAAUUUCAAGUGUGCUGCACGUAUUAGCACCCCCGGGGGACCCUUUUACAUAAGAGGGCGGGGGUGGGCGCCUGGAAUUUCGAAAACGACCGCUAUAAAAUUAUAAAAAGUGCUUAAGUCUUAUCCGUGUGGGAGUGGCAACAAUUUGCCUGUAAAAACAAGUCUUCAUGUCCCUUUCUGUCUUUUUCAAAGCUUCCCUCGCUCCCUCAGAUGAUUCAUACAAAUAUGAGAGCCGUGCCGCGUUUACAUUGUACAGGUAGAAAAGGUCGUCCAGAAUGAGUGUUUCGUUCUGUAAUAAAAACCCCAAUAAACUCAUUCAGAAAUGACCCAUUUCGAAUAAAUUUUACGCUGGUUAUAAUGUGGCAACCGGUAUGAACUCGUUCUUGUACAAAACUCAUUCGGAUAUCAUGUAAAAGGCCCUUAAAAGUUUUUAUUCCCAGAGCAUCACGCUUUGCUCGCCUGUCUGAAUACUAAAAAUUUCAGUAGCGUUGAAGCUACAACCGCUUUUAACUGCUUCGCUGCUUAGUGAAGAAAGCACAUAUUUUAAUAUUUUCAAUUCAACGUAAACAAAAAUCUUUAUAAAUGGUAAAUAUUCACUUGUGUCGGUAUCAACUAUUGCGUGACUAGCUUAUAAUAUAAAUGAGGGAGGGGAAAACACAACGCAAAACCUGAGCUCCUUUCAAAAAGUAAUACCCAGGCGUAAUAUAAUAAUCGAAACGGCCAAUAAAAUCAUAAAUAAACAAGAUUAGAGUGUUAUGUUAGACUUUUGUACAAAUUGUAGUGAUUUAUUCCAAUUAAGGGUGGCGACAAGUAGGCGCACCAUGUACAUUUCAUAGUCGCUAUCAAGUAAAUUUAACCGGACUUUGAGUUCGUCUCAAGAAAGAACAACGCAAAUACACAAGGAAAUUUUUAUAGUAACUUUAUAACCAUCCUUUGCUCUUUUAAAAGCUUGAAGCUCAGUAGAUUGUGUCAUAUCGGUCAUUGUUACAACUGUCUUUGUUUUGAUGCUACUUUUCGACAUAGGAAAAGUAUGUCCGACAAAAAUAUUCACCAAAAAAUAAAUAUUUCUUUGACAGCUUCAAUAACGACAGGAGAUUAAGUUUAGAUGAUAAAAAAAAGGAUUGUGUUCGCAGAAAUACCGUAGGUCUAGUACAUUCGAUACAUGAGGUCACACAACUCGGGUAAUAUUCACGGUGAAAAUGUGCAUAUUUGAGCGGUCGAACGAAAAAAGUCAUUUCUCGAAAACUAAAAUAUAUUUUCGCAAAAAAACUACACCACAAUUAUAAGAACAUAUUGGGCUACAAAAAAUUAAAAUAGGAGAGAAAACGAAUUUUGGGCGACUUGCCACAAUAUUUCAAAUUUGUUCGAUGGAUGCUGACAUCCUCUCUUAAGAGGCUUUAUUAACUCGUAUUCUCAAAGUAACAGACUGCGUCUAUUUUAUGUUUCCAACAGCACAGUACAAGGAAGACGUCAGGAACGCGGCGAACAGCGGCAUGAAAUUUCGAUGAUGCGGUGAAAGUCUUUUUUUUAUCAGUGGUAUAAAAAGAGGAGACUUACAGCACUUUGAUAGAGAAAUAUAAUUUUUAAUGAUUCCGGUAGCAUUUAAAAAGUUGAAAUUGGUUUUAAUAACAAAUAAAUUUCCCACCAUUGGUGAAAAAACUGCUUUUCCAUUAAUAUACGUUUACCAACGCCAGCUAUAUCUAUUACACCAAGUUAGUAUGUGCCACGGCGGUGAAUAGUGCUUUUCGCGCGUGUUGAUUGGCUAGUUCGGAAGUUAAUUACAAGGACUAUUCACCUCCGAGCAGCCGUUGAGACAAAAUUGCGCGUCAAGAGUUUUGUUUCAGACCAUUUUUCGUGAUGUUGAAAGAAAUAAUUUUUUUGUAUUUGUGUGGUAUAUACUUAAAUAAUUAUUUACCUCCACUGCGUGAAAUAAUUAUUAAUUAUUAUUAACAUACGUCUUUCUGAAACCAGAUAUUUGACAAACAGCCUCCGUCUAGCGACCCCAUUGAAUUCUCACAAACGUUGGAAGCAAAGUUUUCUAUUCCACCAUAAGUUACCGAUUCUCUGCGAGGGUCUUUCCAUUAAAGAGUCACUUGCUCGCAAAAUAAUAGAAAACUCCUUUUCGUGUAGACUACGCCGCUGAGGAUUAUACCUCAUUUUACACGAAGAGCAAGGAGAGAUAUGUGAUACUGAUAUCGUAUUAAGAAAAAUUGCUUGUUUUGACAUUGAGUUUAAAGGUUUUUCCGGUUGUUUUCUGUGAUAACGUGAUACUUGUGUGAUCAGUGAUGGAGUUAACAAGUCAUAAACUAAAUUACAAAGGGGGUAAGUUUCUAGAGAAACUGUGGUGCCGCGUUGGUGGGAGAGUAUGGCAGGUAAUUUAGAGUUAACAACUGAGUUGAAGACGUUAAUUAGCCACCGUUAAGAGUUAAAAGGCUGACGUUUCGAGCGUUAACCCUUCGUCAGAGCGAUCCAAAAUACAAACUUGGACAAAGGGGUCCGCUGACUUGUAGGUCGUACAAUUUGCAGGCUCGGACAUAAAUUUUUCUUUCCUUGCCUGAAUGGACCUUUUUAGUAGGCACAUUUUGUCUCCCAAGUCGGACCUCGUGACAGCACUCUAGAGAGUUGUUACUCUCAAGUUUUCGAAUAUCUUCGUGAGUAUAUCAAUAGGGACAAAUAAUUUUUCUCCCCAAGGGAACAUAGUUGGGACAUUUAUUUUCUCUUGAUCUUGAAAUGCAUGUACAAAUCCGAACUUGAAAUGCAUGCAUAAAUCCGACUAUCGAGUAAAGUAUUACAUGGGUCUGCAUCAAAUUAUACACUCACUGACUUACAUUGAAAAGGCAGGAUUGCAAAGAAACUGCUGACCAGCACAUCUUCACAAAUCGCCGGCUCAAAUUGCCAAUCACACAAAAAAAAUCUGGAGGGUGUCAUCGACGACUGAACUCAAUGACAAGCACGGUAAUCGUAUGAUCUGUCUCUCAGCGGUUUAUCGAUUGAGUUGAGGAAAAUAAUUUCCAGUCCAAUGUGGGCCAAUGCUUGGCUGAAAGUUCAAGUGGAUGGACUGGAUUGGUAAGUAAUCAUUAGGAUUCUAUGAGGAAAAAACUGACUACAACUGAUGAUAAACUAGCCCGCUAUCGUUGAUGUUAUUGUUGGUGUUAAAGUCGUCAGUAGUGUUGCACAAUUUUAGAACAAGUUAAAUGAUUUAGCUUGUUAAUCCAAAACAAAAGUAUUAGUAUAAAGAGUGUCACUAAAAUUUUGCACGUCAAUGCUAUUCAGUGUCACUUGAUUUUAAUGAAGCAUUUGACUUCAUUUGUAAGAAUGACUAUCUUGAUUUAUUCAAUUUUGAAGCUGGGAUAUUAUAUUUUUAGCCCUCUAUGGCUUCACUCCACCUCGGUAAUCAGUUCAUGUAUCAUAUGACUACAAGUGGAAACUGUUGAGCUUUUUUUCUUAAUGUAUUUAUUUAUCUAUUCAUUUUCUCCCCUCACGGCGGGUAGGAGAGUGAAGACAAAAAAUGAACAAAAAACUGUAGAUUGACCGUGGAAUUUAUGUUCUCUCUUGAUCAAGCUUAUUUGGUCGAGACGGCUGAAUAUUAACCUCGGCCUUUUUCUGCGUUUUUAUGGACCUCGACUUUGCCUCGGCCCAUGAAAAGGCAACAAAAGAACUCGGCCAAUAUCUAGCCGUCUUGACCUCACACUCGGUCAAUAUAACAUAUGAAUAUAUUUCAUGCAGACCCAUACACAUCUGGCAAGGGAAGACAGUACAAAAAAAGAUUGCGCUUCCGAGCCCGGAAUUUGUCUAACGAAUAGGUCGGUGGACUUCCUUUCCUUUUAAUUUGGUUCAUAAAGUGUUAACUUCAGCACUGAUCACACAAGUAUAUCGUCAAAAUCUGUUGCUCUAAAGGGUCUGAGCGAAUGAUAUAAAAAAAGAGAGGUAUUGGUCAUCAUUUUCAUUACUUUGACUUCUGUCAAUUUGAUGCCAAAAGCACAUCAGUAUAAGGGUUUGUAGCCAGUGCUCCUCGACCUACUUCUCUGGCAAAUAAAAAGACGCUGAUUAACAUCAGCGAGCCCGCAAUAUGCCAUAAAUAUCGGUCAAAGGAUUCUUUGGUGCAACCGCUGUCACUUUAACAUCUCAGUGUGAAUGUCCGCUAUAAAUGACAAUGUUCUAACGCAGAUAAAAGAUUCCAUUGAAGGCUUACUACAUUUAGGACCAAAUGUAGUAAACAAAUCAGCAAACAAAUCCCUUGAGAAUUUUGUAUUCAAUUAGAAAAUGAAGUUCAUUUACACGCAUGGAUUCACCUGUCAGUUUUUUGACCAAUCGAAGACAAGAUCGUUUACAGCGUGGCGAAAUAUUUUCCUGAAAAAAUUAUCAACGCGCUGAAGCGUAGCAGAGAGAAUAUCAACCCUUUUACAACAUUUAAACCAUCGGGUUGAAAAUUUUAUAAAACGAUUGGUUCAUACGUUAGCUGUGCGUUCAUCGAGAUAUGAAGCAAUUGGGAAGUUUGGAGAGCACUCAAGAAGCUAGAGUUGCUCGAGGCUAUGCGCCGAGCAACUCUUACGCAUCUUUCGUGUUCUCCAAACUUCCGCGUGCUUCAUAUCUAGAUGAACACACGCUGACGUAUGAACCAAUUGUUAAUUACAUUUAAGACUUUAUUACAUUUACGCCUUCAAGAGUAGGAUGACUUGUUUUCUUCGCUCUCUCCUCUUAAAGAAAUGAUUGCUUUGCACCGCCUCGUUUAGUCAUUGGUUUCAUAAAUAACACCUGUACAUUAACUAAGACCAAGGCCACGAAAUGAAUUCCCGCAAGUAAGUUUUACUUAAAAUAAUUGCGCCUACAAUGGCCCUAUGCGACCGCCUUUUCAUUCAAAUGUCUCUACCUCGGUAGAAUUUUCAAACCAAAGAAAUUAAAGUGGAGGACAUCGAACAGGACAUUUUUAAAAUUAUUGUUAUGUGUAUUUUUUAGUUGUUUUUACAACCGAUAUUCAGACUCAAACUUUCUCAAACUUCAAAAAAAGCAAUGAACAUAACUUGUAAUUCUCUUGAUUCUUCUGAGGAGUAUCAAAACAAUUGAUGAAUAAUACCUGAGAAAAACACAGCCUCCUUUGCAAACUAUAUUUUAAUAGUCUUCAAUUAGUUUUUCCAUUUAAUUCCCUUACAUCUGCUUUUGUGUUAUUUUAAUGGCAAGUCGAUAUCGUUAUGUCGUGGGACAACAUUUUUGCCUUUAAACCCCUUCCAGUUCCAAAAUUAUCGCAAAUAAGUGAAAGAACCGUUAUUAACUUUUAAUAGAAAUGGCCAAUGCAAGUCGUUCCUUUAGCGGGUAGGUCACUUUUGAUGUCAAUAUUGAUUACCUUGUCAUCUUCACCCACACUUAUUUGUAUCCAUCUAUUGAAAUUAACUUCAAAACAAUGACUUUUCAGAUAAAUUGGACCCAUCCUUAACACUUUGGUCGAACAAAACAAUGACUACAACGAAGUUCAGUGUUGCUGUUAAAAUAAACCAUCCAAAAUAUAACCUUUGGAUAGCUCACUCGUGGAUUGACGAUUAUCAAGGGAGAUAAUGAUUGUUAACACAACCGUGAGGCAUUUCUCCAAGAGCAGCACACAGGCAACCAGCCAUGCAGCCUCGAGUAAUUCCGACCAAGCUUGUGAAAUAGCAGCCGACUCCGCUAUAGAGAUUACAGCUAAAGCUCUGGCUUAUAUAUUUAUUUUCCUGGUUUCGUUUUUCGGAAAUAUCUUUCUUCUUGUGGUCAUUUACAAAAACAAGCAGUUACGAAGAUCCAUCAACUACUUCGUUUUCAAUAUGGCUAUAUCCGACCUCUUCAACCCUUUGACCGUCAUGACUGUGAAGAUCGUUGAGAUCAUUUCAGGAUCGAGUUCCUGGAAAGUUGAUCGUCCGUUGCUGCUGGGAAACAUUCUAUGCAAACUUGUCUAUUUUCUGCCUGAUGUUUCUCUCGUAAUUUCCAUCGGAAGCCUUCUCUUGAUCUCCAUAGACAGGCUCAUCGCUGUCGUCUUUCCGCUGAAGGCCAAACUUAUCUCCUCAAAAGUACGAUUGAUAAGCAUUUUAAGCACGUGGUUUGUCGCCAUCGCCGUCCACGCACCUUAUUUUUACAGUUUCAAACUGAUCCUCGACGAAAAUGAAACGUAUUGUAAGUUGAAUUGGGGACCGGCAUUCGACCACAUGAAAACGCACAGAAGAUUUGUUACGGCAACUUUUAUCACUUUCAUCCCCAUUCCCAUUUGUGUCCUGGCCGGUGUGUAUAGCAUUAUCGCGUGGACAAUAAGGAAAAAGAACCAAAAAACUAGAGAGAAACUGUCUUGUCGCCAGAACCAUCGAGAUCAGCAACUGAGGAAAAUUGUCCGGUUGGCAAUGGCCAUUAUGAUUUCCUUC